AUGCAUGUGGAGAGAUUAAGACCACAAAUAUUUCGUGAUUAUUAUAGUGUUGGAACGUCUUAUGAUGGUUUCAGUCCAGGAAGUUCUUCUGAGUAUGAUAGAAGUCUGGCUACUUCUCGUGUUUACGAAAGAACACGGAUACAUACAUUAGCAGCGGAGAGGCAGACUGUUCAAAAAAAGACAUUUACAAAGUGGGCGAAUACAUUUUUAAGGAGGAUAGGAAUUGAAAUAUAUGAUCUCUUUUUGGAUUUACGUGACGGAAAGAUUUUAUUACAGCUAUUAGAAAUACUUUCCGGAAUUAAAAUGCCUAGUCCGACCUUAGGGAGAAUGAGGAUUCAUUGUUUAGAAAACAUUGACAAAUCCCUCUUCUUUUUGAGCAAUUUUGGAGUUCAUUUAGAAAAUAUAGGAGCGCAUGAUAUUGUUGAUGGAAAUGCAAGGAUUACGCUUGGACUAUUAUGGAUGAUUAUUCUUCGUUUUCAAAUUCAAGAUAUCAUAUUUUUGGAGAAAGUCGAUCCUCUAGGAAUCAAAAGUGAUGUGCGACGAUAUUCAAAGGAAGCUUUAUUAUUAUGGUGUCAGCUGAAGACUGCAGGUUAUCGAAACGUUGACGUGCAAAAUUUUACAACUAGUUGGCGUGAUGGCUUGGCUUUCAAUGCUCUUAUCCACAGACAUCGUCCAGAUCUGGUCAAUUUUAAUGAAUUGUCAGUGAACACACCACUGCAAAAUUUGGAGUCUGCCUUUAUAGUUGCGGAAAAGAAGUUAGGCAUAUCUAGGCUCUUCGAUCCUGAAGACAUAUAUGUCCAACAGCCAGAUGAGAAAUCUAUUGUUACUUAUGUUGCUACAUAUUAUCAUUACUUUUCGAAAAUGAAAUCGGAAACUGUUCGUGCUCGUCGUUUGGAAAAAUUUAUAACUUACUGGCGUGAUCUCCAGAAUUCUUUCGAUUGGUACGAAAGACGUACAUCAGAUCUUUUGUUAUGGAUUGCCAAAACAGUAUUGUGGUUGAAUGAUCGUCGUUUUCCCAAUCAAGUUGAAGAAAUUCAACAGAUUAUGGUUUCAUUUAAAGAAUAUCGUCUUCAAGAAAAAUCGGACAAGUUCAAUGAAAAAGGUGAACUUGAAGCUCACUUUCUUUUAACGCGUACAAAAAUGAGAACACUAGGGCUUAGAAACUAUAUACCAUCUACGGAGGCACAAAUAUCCCAACUCAAUCGUGCAUGGAAUGCCUUAGAGAAAGCCGAGUAUGGACGUGAAAUAGCUUUGAGAGAAGUGUUAGACAAGCAAAAACGUCUACUGCAUUUGUUUUCACGCUACGAAAAGAAAGCAAAUUUGAGAAAAGCUUGGAUUAAUGAUAAUUUUAAAUUGGUUGAGGUAUGUGAUGAUGAUAAGAAUUUAGCAAUGACCGAAGCGUCAUUAAAAAAGUAUGAAGCUCUAAAAGCUGAUAUUUAUGCAUAUUUUGACAGAAUACAGACAAUCCAACAGAUUGCUGAUGAACUUAUUGGUAAUGAUUUUUUUAAGCGAGAUAUCGUUUUAAAAGUUCAAAAAGAAAUUCAACAUAUGUGGGAUCGACUCUUAAAAGUAAUGAAUGAAAGAUACAAAAUUCUUGAAAAUAGAAAAAACCUGUUUAAAAAGUUUUCAGAAACAGAUUAUCUCAUGGGAUCUAUACAAUCACUUUUAUCUAAAUUACAAAUCGAUGAAUUUGAUAAUCACUUAGCUGCUAUUGAAGAACGUUUAAAACAAUAUGAAUUAAUAGAAACGGAUAUACGUUCAAUCCAUCAAAAUAUAUCAAUCCUAUUUGAAUUAGAAUCUCAAAUUGAAUACUCUCCAGAGUUGUUUGGUUUUAAAACUAAUACUGUAGCAAUUGAUAUAAAAAAACAAAGUAAUUUGUUAAAAGAUGCCUAUUCACAACUUGUACAAUUGAUUGAAUCUAAACGACGGUCUAUAGAAUUUCUAAAACUUUAUCACAGUUCAGAAUAUGAGUUAGAUGAACAAUUAAUUUCAAUACAAGAACGUAUAUCAUUUUUGCAGAAAAGUGAAACGUUUGUUGACAAUGGUAAUAUUGAUGUUCUCUUCCGGAGACAUAAAGCGGCUGAAUCUGAAUUAGAAACACGAAGAGUGGUUAUCACUCGACUAUUUGAACGAACUUCCAGUUUAAUUGAAGAAGAAUGUCCAAAUUAUGAAAAUCUAAAAGAAAAGGUAACAAAAGUUGAAAGAGCGUGGGAACAACUCGUAAAUCUAAUGGCCAAACGUAAAACUAAUUUAUUAUUCAUGAAAGACUUACGUUCUUUUGUGUUAAGUUGUGAUGAUGCGGAUGCAUGGAUAUCGGAAAAAUAUGAACUAAGUUCCAGUGCGAUGCGUCUUGCUAUGCAAACUGACAGUAUUUAUACUAUAGAAAAAUUAACGAAACAACAUCAGGAAACUAUUUCCAGUGUGAAUAACUUCCAGACUACUAUUGAUCAAAUGAAGCUUCAAGCAGACGAGUUAUUAGGAUAUAUAGAUUGUUUGUACACUGUAGCUGAUAAAGAUGGUAAAUCAAUAGAACCUAUUUUGGAGGCUAUCAUAAAAUCUAAGAAUGAGGUUGGAAAUUUAAUAAAGAAUAAAAUGAAAGGUCUCUUAGAUUCGUUUUCUGUUCUUAGCGGAUGCAUUCGUCAGACACAGUUACUACUUUUAGACGCUGUAUCACUUCAUCAAUUGUUCCAAAUGGCUUCAUCGACGUAUAACUGGAUUAUUGAGAAGGAAGUUUAUAUCCAGCUGUUAAUAAUGGACGACCUACAAGAAGAGGAGUUUUCUAAGAUUAUAGAAGGUGAUGUCAGUGCUAACCAAGGGUUAAUUCAAAGAUUAGAAAUUGUUAAAAAUAGAUUUUCUGACUUAGAGGAGCAGAUGAGUACAGCAGCUGAGCAAGUAUCUACUGUAAACAUGAUGAUUGCUAAUUUUUUAAAUGAACCAAAAAGAGAUGAUCAAUCAUUAGUUAAUAAAGAAAUGACGAUUGAAAAAGUUAUCAAUGUUCAAGAUCAUUUAAACUCAGCCUGGAAUAGAAUUGCUGAUACUGUUGAGUUUCAUAGAGACCGAAUAGUUGAAGAAUCAUUUUAUAUUAAUUUAUUCAUUGAAUGUAAAUAUACAUCUGAAUGGAUUACAGAAAAAGAAUCAGUUUUAUUUUCAACAGAUUCCAUUGAUGCUAAUAGUUUGACUGGUUUGGUUGAAUUAAGAAGACGUUUAUUUAAUUUACAAGGAGAUUUAAAAGCAAUCGAAGCACGAGUUCAAAAUAUUGGUGAACGUAUAGGAGAAUUACUUGGUAUGACGGAACAACAAGAAAUUGCAUAUGAUGAACAAGAUAUAAAAUUAAAGUCUAAACGAAGAGCGGAUUAUUUAUUGAAAGAACAUAUGAAACUUACACAGCAGUGGCUUAAUUUAAAAGAAGCACUUAAACAGAGAGUUAAUCGAAUAUCUACUGAAGGUCAAGUGAGCCGUUUUCUUGAAAAACUUGAUUCAUUUCAAGAUUGGAUGAGAAAGCUAAAAACUGAUGUAUUUGUCCGUGAAUUUCCAAGUGAUUUACAGGAAACUGAAAAUCGUCUAACAGUUAUUGAACAAAGUGCUCAAGAAAUCAAAGACUAUGAAAAUGAAGCAAAUCAAUUAUUUGAUACUGGCAGGCAACUGCUUAAAGGUUACUAUGAUACACCACAUAUUAUGUUGGGACAACGGUUAGCUGGACUUGAAGAUGAUUGGAAAUCAAUUCAAAGUUCAAUGGUCAACUGUACUACCCGGCUUCAAGAACGUUAUGCUUUGCAAUGCUUUUUGGCUGAAUCUGCAUUACUUGAAGUGACUUUGGAUCAACAGGCCACAUUUUUGGAUAAAGAAAACGUAUUAACAAACCUAGAUGCUGUUCGUGAUAUUCAAAAACAAUAUGAAACAUUUCGGUUUUCUUUAUUGGCUUGUAAAGAUCGAGUUGAUACCGCUUUAGAAUUAGGUAGGAAUAUAGCAGAAAAAAAUCCAGCAAAUCGUGAUCGUGCAUUAGCUAAAUGUGAAUUAUUUCAACGAAAAUAUGAAGCCAACAAAAUUAAAACAGAAGAACGAAUUGAAUAUUUACAAGAAAAGGCACAACUUUAUGAAUUUUAUGAAGAACUAGAAGAUUUUGAAGAUUGGAUUUUAGAUAAAACUAACUGUCUAAUGGAAAUCCAAUUAGCAAUCAAACAGCGAUCACAUUUAUCCUUUAGUCGGAUUAAAGCAUUUGAAGAAGAAAUUGAAGUGAAUCGAAAUCGUGGUGACCAUUUUAUUGAGGUCGGUCGUAAACUUACAGAAGUCUAUCCACAUCUUGAAAAUGAUGUAAAAAAUCGUUUGGAACGUUUGCAUACACGUUGGGAAGAACUAGUUGACCUAGUUCGACAUAUCGUUAAUGUAAUUAGUCAAGAUAAUCGAGAAAAGUUAAUGAAAGAGGCAAUCCAUAAAACUGCUACAUGGCUUAAUGUAAUGAAUGUUCAUUUAGAGAAACCAGAUAGUAAAUUACCAGUUGAUCAAGUUGAUAUGACUACAUUACAAACACAAAUAAAAGAACAUAAUAAACGAAUUAAAGAUUAUAUGGAUAGAAAAGCUGUUAUAAAUGUUUUAAAGAAUCAAGUCAGUGAUCCUAAUUUUAGUCAAAAUAAAGAAUUUGCACCGAUUGUGAAUGAUCUUGAGCGUAAACUUUUAGCACUAGACGAACCACUCAAACAAAAAUUAAUGAAUUUGCAGCAUUUGGAAACAUCGACUCAACGUUUUGUAGAGUUAACUGUAGAAGGUGCAUGGAUCAGAGAAAAAUCACAACAAGUUGAAAAUUUAUCUAAAACAUUAGAACUUGAUCCACAAAAAGCUUAUGAAAUUGGUCAAAGAUUAAUGGUUAUACAUAGAUUGGAAAGACAACUUAAAAGUCAUAUUCUUGAAGCUAAUAAUCGUAGACCUAGAGUUAAAGCUUUAUGUAAAAACAUUGAAAAUGAAUAUUGUGUAGAAGAAGCGAAAAUCACCGAUAAAAUACAACAACAAAGAUUUCAACGUCUUACACGAGAACUUUUAGAAUUAUGGAAUAAAUUAGAUAGAAAUUUAGCUUGUCUACUUGAACGAAUAACAAUGUCCGAAUCAGUUUAUCAAUUUUUGUUAGAUGCUAGUGAACUGGAAUCAUGGAUAUCUGAAGAAGAUUUUUAUUUACACGGAAUAGAAAUACCAAAGAAUGAGCAAAGUGCAUUAAAUAACUUGAAAAAGCAUCAGAUUCGAUCACAUACAAUUGAACAGUGGCAUGAACGUGUUAAAAAUCACAAUGAACAAGGUCAAAUACUGUGCCAGCAAUUAAAAAUUCAACAAACAAAAUAUCCUGAUACAAAUAUUUUACAAGAAUCACAAUUUUAUUUAAAAUUAAUUCCAUCAUGUUUGUAUCGUAUUAGCCAUUCAUACAAAAAUCUUCAAGGUAUCGUCAAUAAUGUAGCUUCAAUGUUAGAGGCGAAUGCUAUUAAAUAUAGUUUAAUUCGUGAAGCAGAUGAAUUAGAGGCAUGGAUUAAUAAACGUGUUGCACUGGCUACUAAUAAUGACCUUGGUGUUGAUUUAGAUCAUUGUUGUAAUUUACGAGAUAAAUUCAUGAUAUUCAAUAAAGAAACUGUACAAACAGGUUCACAACUUGUCACAGAUUUAUCAACUAAAUGUGUGCAUUUAAUUGCAUUAGGCAAAUCAGAUUCCGUGAUCAUUGCAUCAAUUAAAGAUAAUAUCAAUGAAAUAUGGGCUGAAUUAUUGGAAUUAAUCGAAACAAGAAAACAAUUAUUAAAAGCUGCAUUGAAUAUGCAUCGAUUUGUUAAUGAUUGUAGAGAUUUCGAAGAAAGAAUUUGUUAUCGUCUUGACAAUCUACCUGAAGCACCAUCUGAUUCUUUAGCAUCUGGACGAAAACAAGGUCUACCUGGUUUACAACGUAGUCACAAUUUAUUAGAACAAGAACUUUUAUGUUUUGGUGAUCAAGUGAAACAAUUGGAUUUAACAGCUAAACGAUUACUACCACGUUAUGCUGGUAUACAAGCGGAACAAUUACAAGCACAUCAUGAACGUGUUCAAACAAUAUGGAAACGUUUAUUAAAAGUUAUUGAGAUAAGACGUGAUCUAUUAAAAGAAGCUAGUCGAUUAUAUGACUUUCUAGUUAAUGCUCGUGAAUUAAUUUCAUGGUUAGAACAUGCCAAAGAUAUAAUGGAACAUAAAGAAAGACCAAGAGAUAUUUCUGGUGUUGAAUAUUUAAUUGAAGAUCAUAAACAAUUACGGGUGGAAUUAGAAUCACGAAAUCAACGAAUUGAAGAUUGCUUGAAUCUUGGCCGCAUAUUAUUGACUGAAUUUGCAGCUCAGGAAGAGAAAGCAAUGCUACCAAUUAUGAAACCAAGUUUAAUAGCUACACGAACUGAAGUUCGCGAGAGAUGUGUACAAUUAGCAACUGGGCGUAUUUUAUUGAAUGAAUUAUGGCGUGAACGUUGGGAUCGUUUACAUUUAUUAUUGGAAAUACGUCAAUUCGCGCGUGAUGCGAAUAGUGCAGAAAUAUGGUUGAUGGGUAAAGAGUUACAAUUAGAAUCAGCACGUCGUCAAUUAGGUGAAACAUUAUCUGAAACACUAGCUUUACUUGGUGCUCAUUACGCAUUCCAGCAAACACUAGCAACAGCAGACGAGAGAUUUAAUGCAUUGAAAAGAUUAACUACACUUGAACUAAGAUCAAUGAAAUGGGAUCCACAAGAAGUUAUUAUGAGAGAGAAUGAACAAAGAAAUAAAGUUCGAGACGCUGUCAAAGAAUUUCUUCCUGCUUAUGUCGGACAAACUGAGACUUUGAGAAAAUCGACUUCUGUCUUACCAUCACAUACAGUUGGUGUUUCUUCAUCAAAAAUUCCACUGGUAUCUACUGCUUACAUUCAACAACCCCCCGUUAAACCACUUAGGAAACCAAUUGAAGUAACUGAAAUAUCAGUUGUACAUCCAAAACCUAGAACAAAAUUCCCAUCAACAUCUGACGGUAUAGUGACAGCAGUUAAGACAACAUCACUUCCCAAAACUGUGGAGUCGUACAAGAGUCCUGGAAAGAAAGUUGAACAUCACGAAACUAUAAUGUCCCCGCGACCAGUUAAACGAUCACACUCUAGACAAAUACCAGAGUCAUCAGUCGUGAUAACCAAGGAAGAAAGUUUAUCUAUCAGAGAUAGAUCAGAACCCAUUAGUCAGAAAUCUGAAGAUUCGUCGGAGAAAAUUCCAAUUCACUCUGAAAAACCGUCUUCAUAUGAUCGUCAUGUAGAAGAAACUACUGAUGAAAAUAAUAACACUCGUUCACUGGAAACUGUAGAUCAGCCACAUGAACACCAACAAAAACCUAUAACUCGGAGUCGUUCACUAAGAGUUAGAUCUUCUCAAUCUGACUUGCCAACGACUGAAUCCCCUACUUCAACAACCAAGUUGAAAUUCUUUGAAAGUGCUGAACAAGAACCAACUGGGUUAUCACAGGAACCUGAAACAUCGACAAGUGGACAACCAGAUUUACCAAAACUAGAGGGUCCUGUUAUACGAAAGCACGAUUUAGAUUCUGGUGGCUCUCUACAUUCAAAAAGUCAAGGUCGGAGCUGGUUACCUCUUUAUCUGGUUCUCGAUUCAGGUCAACUAUUUGUUUAUAAAGAUCAACAAAGUCGUCGGGAAAAACCAAACAUAUACUAUCAUGAUACAUCACCAUUAAGCUUACUGUCAUCAAGAGCUGCCCCUGCUAUAGAUUACACAAAACGACCGUGUGUAUUUCGAUUACGUCUUGGAGAUGGUAGUGAAUAUCUAUUUCAAACUGCAAAUGACAAUGUUCUUAACCGUUGGGUUACAGCCAUCAAUGAAUCAGCUAAGUGCUUAGCUUCUGAAUUCAGUAAACAUCAAACUGGACAUACUUUAACACUUCCUGUGGGAACUCAUUCUAGAAGUUUUCAAAGUAAUGGUCAUCGUCGUUCUAUUAGGAAUUUUUUCUCUUUGCGUCGUAAAUCAUAA